AGGAAAAUGAACGAUGUCGGUGGGGGACGAAGACGGAGAACCGCUCAGUCCGCUGGCGCGUGUGUUCCAAUCUCCAGGCAGCGACUGCUGCAUCAUCACCAUGAUCGGUUGCAAAACCAAGAUUCAUGCUGAUGCCAUCAAAAAUGGCUUGAAGAAGAAUGUUUCCAGGCAUCCUCGUUUCUCAAGCAAAUUGUCACAUGAUGGUUCAAGUUGGAUCAAUACUCAAGUCAACGUGGAAGACCAUGUAUAUGUAGUAGAUAUAGACCAGAACAAGAUUGGCGACGAUGGGGAAAGCUUCCUUGAGGACUAUGUUUCACGUCUCACAAUGCUUCCUCUUAAUAAAGCAAAGCCUUUAUGGGACAUUCACAUCCUCAACGUGAAAACAUCUGACGCAGAAGCGGUUUGUGUGGUAAGAUCUCACCAUUCGUUAGGAGAUGGAACAUCCCUAAUGUCUCUCCUAGUCGCAUGUACUCAGAAAACAUCACACCUUAGUGCAAUUUCUACUACUUCUGUUAUGAAACGGCGUAGUAAAACGGUCCAUAAAGACAAAGCCCCAUGGUUCUCAUAAGUGAGAUUGAUUUGGAACACUUUCGUGGAUUUCUUGCUUGUCUUGGUGAUUGCUUUGUUCUUGAAGGAUACAAAGAGACCUCUAAAAGCUGAUAUGGAUGUGAAGAGUAAUCCGAAGAAAUUUUGUCACCGAAUUGUUUCAUUGGACGACAUAAAAUUUAUAAAGGAAGCUAUCAAUAUGGUACGUUUAAUGUUUGUUUCUUGAUUAGUAGAUAUAGACCAGAACAAGAUUGGCGACGAUGGAGAAAGCUUCCUUGAGGACUACGUUUCACGUCUCACAAUGCUUCCUCUUAAUAAAACAAAGCCUUUAUGGGACAUUCACAUCCUCAACGUGAAAACAUCUGACGCAGAAGCGGUUUCCAAAACAGGGGAGAAAACAGAGGAGUUGAGGAAGAAGGAGAGGAGAUAAGAGAAAGCAGAGAGGGGAGCACACAGAAACUUUUACGAGUUCAUGCCCUAACCGGUGGGCUACGUCUCGCCGAGCCUAGCUGAGAAUCCACUAAAGAAAAUACAGAGAGUUUACAAUCCAAGAGAAGAACAAGUGACACACUCUACUGCCCUUCACUAGCGUCAAUAGAGCUCACUCUGUUCUAUCUUUUUAUAACCGAGACAAUACAAUAAGCUUAAGCAAACAAGUAUUUCUAUCACUCUCUAACAACUCUUAAGUUUCUCUAACUCCCUCACAAAGCACCCCGGAGCCUUCUUAUAGUGA